UCGUUCACCUCCUAAUCAGUUUUCCUGGGGGAUCUAUCAUCGACUGCAGCACGAGAGGCAAGUGGAGAGGCGGAAAAAAAGAAGAUUGUAGAUUUCUGCCCGGCUGUAAUCUUCUUCCAUCAGAAAUUUAAGCUUCAUACAAAUGACAGAAAUGGACGCCCCUCUCUCCACCCCCUGCAAUAUCCAGAUUUGUGAGGUGACCUGCGACUCCUUUCGCAUCAUGUGGGACAUGACCCCUGAGGACAGCGCCAGAGCCACGCACUUCUUCAUCGACCUGAGCCGCAAAGAGAGCAGGGACCCAAACCGCUUCAAACACAGGGAUGUGCCAACCAAGCUGGUGGCCAAAGCUGUGCCUCUGCCCAUGGCAGUGAGGGGACACUGGUUCCUCAGCCCGCGGACAGAGUACUGUGUCGCUGUCCAAACUGCUGUGCGGCAGCCAGACGGUGACUACCUGGUGUCUGAGUGGAGCCAAGUGGUGGAGUUCUGCACUGGGGACUACGCCAUGGAACACCUACAGCAGCUUCUCGACAAGGGCAAGGGCUCUGCAGGGAGGCUGCUAAAAUUCUCUGUGUUUUAUCGUAACCAGCACCCAGACUACUUCGACUAUGUCAGAAGGGAAUGUGGAGGCCUGAUGCGUCCAGCCCUAAAAGACAUCAGCGGGAGUCAUGGUUCUCCAAUCAAUGGCAAACUGCAGGGAGUCUUCUUCAGCUGCAACACAGAGUUUGAUACAGGCCUUCCCUCCAAAGACUCCCCGUACGGCCCCCUGCGUUUCCAGAUCCCAGCCGGUCACCUGCUCAACCCCAACAUCUCCCUGUACUUUGCAGACUUUUACUGUAUGUACACAGCCUACCACUACGUGGUGCUGGUGCUGGCCCCUGUCGGCUCAGAGGGAGACACCUUCUGCCGCACUCGCCUCCCUCUGCUGGACUUGGCCUCCAACCCCUUCCUGACAUACACUGCCCCCCAGAGACCCGGGGAGGAGCCUCUGUACUGCCACGCAAGCGACGUCAUCCUUGAGGUGCUUUUCACAGAGCCGGUUCCUUUGGAUCAAGGUAGCGUGCAGCAGAUCAGCGGGCACCACCAGCUCAUGAGUCUGACCACUGCCAACGCCAAGAAAGACCCGAGCUGCAAAGUGUGCAACAUCAGUGUGGGACGCUGAGGGAGAUGUAGGACAGACCUGGGAGUGUGUGAGCCUGCAAUACUGAUGUGUUGCACAAGACAAAAGAGUUGAGACCAUCACGUGUAGGUCAGGAAACAGUGGAGACAGCCCACCUCUCGGGGUGCGUGCAUGCUGCUGCCCCUCUUCCCUCCCGCCUGGACUAGAAUAGUGAGUAUAAAAUAGAAGACUUUAACAAUGCGUACUGCAGAGCUUCAUCAUGAUCACAGCUGGAAAACACUUCACCCAUGACUGCUGAACAAAACAUAAUUGAAGACACGAUAGGCUUUAGAAGGCUGGAAAAUAUAUGCGCUCCUUAUUUGUUGAGAGUCACCUGUGCUCUUUGGUACCUUUGUGGCAUUUCAUCAUUUUCUUAUUUUAGAUUAACAUUUUUUCCCUUUAGAUGUGUUUGAUUUCAUUUUUUUAUGCUGUACUACUAGUUGUGAAUCCUCUUGAAGAGAUUUUGUUUGAUACAACCUGAAAGCCAAAUACAAGAAGCAUGCCCCUUUCAAAACAUAAGAGGUCAUAACAAAUGUUUUGCUAUUUUUACUUAAUGCGAUACUCUCUAUUAGGUCACUGCCAUGUUAUUUGUGUUAAAAGAAAAGACCUAUUACUGCCAAACGUCUAAUAUCAGUGCUACAUUGUAACUUUAAUGUCCCUGCCAAAUGAUUCUUACAAAGCUCCUUGUAGAGGUAUGAUUUGGAGAUUGUCUAAAUGUUGCACAGCAGACUUUUACUGCAGAAAAACAUGGUGCAAUGUGACAAUGAAAGCAGAGCCAUUCAGUGUAUUGGGGUUUGGGGAGGAAGGUAAUGGGAAAGAUAGGAUCACAGAGUUCCCUGCAAUCAGUCUCUGACAGCCAGCCGAGGCUCUAUAAACAGGGCUGAGCUAAGAUUAGCUCCUCUCUUGCUAUGGGGUUUCUGUUUGUCCCUGCCCAGUAAUCUCUGACCUAUAUGGGAAUCCCAGAAAUGCCCAAAGUGAAAGGGAUCCCAUCCCUGGUGCACAACAGUGAUGCGUGCGCUGGUGAGUGGCCAAUAUGUAGGACAUGACAUAAGAGAGUGCAGUGAGAAU